AUUUAGAUUUGAUCUUUCAACUAAAUAAACUCAAUUACUUAUUAUAUUAUCACUAUUAUUCAUUCAUCAAGUAUUUUCCCCUUUGUUUUUAUCAUAAAUGGUAAAAUUGUGCGUGUAUUUUUCUCAAAUAGCAUGUAAGAGUGGGUCGACCCGCCCCGCCUCAUUUCCGCGAGGGUAUUACCCGCCCCGACCCGUUGACUCGACUCUACUGUCACCCUAGGAAUUGGCCAAGUGUAACCACUUCCUAAAGCGUAGUAUAGCGGGUUUGGGUUUAAUUAUCAACCCGGGUCCUAGAUUUGAUGACUACUCAGUGAAUUCUUGUUAUCGAGCAAUGAAACUGGAAUGCAAGUCUAAACUACCAAACAAACAAAGCAAGUAAACUGUUGUAUUCAGGUUAAAGAGGUCACCCGGAUAUGGUUCCCCCUAGACUGCAGUUAAGCCGGAUUGUAAUUACCAAGUCAGUUUCUAUGAUAGUUAUACUGCGGAAGGUUCUUAAACAGCCUGAAGUCUCGACUAAAGGUCUUCAGACCCUCUCAAUCUGAGUCUCUAGCGGGCGACUAACCUCCACCGGAGUAAACAGAUUGAGGCCCUAAGAACAAAACCUCCACUACCGGAGUAAAUCCGGUACAGAAUAGUGAGUUGGCUCCUCGACUAAAGUCACCAACUCCCUACCUUCAAUCAAGGAUACUCUAUUAACCUAGGCAGAUAUUCUCAUUCUAGGUUAAAGCAGAAACAACAUGAAUUUGAUCAGGAUUCAAGUCAUUCAAUCAUUAAAACCUCAAUCGAAUAUAAUCAAUCACAGAAUCAGUACUUGUGUUCAUACAAUCAAAGCCUAACAUACAAAUCUAGGGUUCUCCAUACCCAGAUGAAUGGGAGAACUACUCCAUGGAGAAGAAAGCAAAAGCAGAAUCAGACACGGAAUUCAUACUGCGAAGGAUGGAUUCCUGCUUCUGGACGUUGAUUGACACUUCUCCAAGCUCAAACUGGCCUCCAAUGGUGUUGAAGAUCAAUCUAGGGCACUUGGGAACUCUUGCUCGUCACUUUCUCUCUCUAGAAGUCGUUCUAUCUCUCAAAAACUCGAAUCCCCCUUGAGUUGUGGCUGAAAAUCUGCUUAAAAGCAUCAGUGGCCAAAACACGGUCGAGGGCACGGCCGUGCUUUGCCUGACUCCGCCCGUGUUUCGGCCAGUGUUUAAUUACACGGCCAGUAGCUGGUGGAAACACGGCUGUGCUUCGCGAUGUACACGGCCGUGCUUUGACUGAACACGGCCGUGCUUCAGUGCCCGUGUUUGCAACUGAAUUGGCCAAACCAAAUUUGCUCUCGGCAUAAAAAGCACGGCCAGCAGUACACGGCCGUGUAAUGCCUUAGGCUGCCCGUGUUUUGGCUCCAGCUCACCGAAAUGACUUCCGAAUGCCCCGAAACUCGCGCUCAGCCUUCCCUUUGACACCUGGGACCUGAAACAUGACAAAAUAGCACAACCCGGCGUAAAAUAGGCCACAACACACGACUAUGCCCCUUCAAACGGAUAAGAACUAGGGCCGCAAACAUGUGCAAUUACAUCGUUAUCACUCGUACUAGCGUGAAGCGGGAUAUGGGUAUCGAGGUACCCGCCCCGCCGCGACCUAUUGCCAUCACUGUGCAGCUAACUUGAUGUUGGUGCUGUGAAGUUGGCAUUAGUAAUAUCAUCAUAAUGAUGGCACCCACCUACCUACGGUACAUUACUACAUCUCCACUUUCAGAACUAAGAAAAGGGCAAACAGACAAAAAGGGAGGCGGGACGUGGGGGAGAAUGCAACUAGGCGAAGAAGAAGCGGCGUCAUGGCAAUGUCUACAAAACAAAUCAUCAUGUGAAAGCGAAAAUCUAACUAAGGGGCCAUUUACUGAAAUGGUCACUCAACUUGGAUCUUAACCAAACAAUGACAUUCAAGUUUGACAUAACUAGCAUUGUAAUCAUUCAGUUUGGUUUUGUCUAAACUUACCUAGAUCGAGAGACUCUGAUGAGAUAAAUAGAACGAACCAUUUUGGUACAUAAUCGAUCCAAUGCAUGUUUGUUAUUUGACCCCCAAUUUUAUGCAAAUUAUCUUUUUGACCGGUGCCUCACAACAGGGGGAGGGUGGAAGAGUAGGAGUCGAGCUUUACGAGUGUUCGUAACUAGGAUUUCUGUAUUCAAAGUGUGAUGCCCCACAGCUAUUCAAUCAAACAUUAUUAUGAGUCGUUUGGAUGAGUGAAUCAAAAGAUGUGAGACAAGAGUUCAUUUUGUUCACAUAACGUUCACGUACUAUCCAUGGACAGUCCACUACAUGUGUUUUUCUAGAUAAAUAGUGCAUAUGCUCACAUCCAAACAACUCUAAUAUGCUCAACCACUUCUCGUCCCCUCUCUGCGUUGGACAAUAGUGUCUAUAAGACAGUUCUAUUGAAUGAGCGAGUUCACUGAUCUGAACGACUUUGACAGACAAACCGGAUGAAAUGGAUGAAGUGACUAUGUUAGGUUAGUAACUCUUCAUUCUUAAUACAAAUUUGUUAGGAAAUCAAAGUUCAAUGACUGAUUUCUUAAAGUCCUGAUAAUUGGAUGACCAAUUGAUUGACUCCAAAAAAAGGAAUGCUGUUGUUACUUGUACAGACGUCAGCAGAAUACAGGGCGGGAAAGCGGGAGCAACAUUCCAGCGCGGGAGAGCAAACCACUGAAUCAUCUCCUUCACUUCGUAACAACCCCUCUCCCUCAUUCAUCCCACCUUCAAUCUGAUCGCCUCCUCAAUCGGCCUGUAGAAUUAAAGCAAGCCCCUUUAAAGAAAUCAAAACCGAACAAACUCACAAAGAAAGGAUCAGAAGAAAACCCAAAACGGCUUUUGGCCCCUCUCCCCCCUUCUCCUAGAUUGGGCAAUGGAUCAUCACUAAUAUUUGGAUUAGCAUUCAAUUGCUAAUAAAAUUUGAAAUUAAGAAAUUCCGUGAUUGGAUGCUGACUCACCACCUGAUAACAACGCCCAAACAAAAUAUCCAGAUAGAAGAAGAUCUUACCAGCUGGACUCUGCCCUCUUGGCUUUCCCCUGCCUCUAUAAGAAAAUCCAACGAAAUUUCAUAACCAGAGACGCGUCUCUCUUUUUCUUUGCACCCUUUAUUACCUCCCUCUCUUUGUCCUUCCUCCUUCGUCGUCCUUACCCACCACCAAAGUUUUGUUCGUUUGUUUCUCUCCCGGUUUCGCGAAAUUGGGGUUCCGUUUUGAUUCCUCAGAGAACAGAGAAAUGGCGGAAGGGGUGAUUGAGCACAGAUCCUAUGCGCGGGUCGGCCUAUUGGGUAAUCCGAGUGACGUCUAUUUCGGGAGGACCAUCUCUUUCAGCCUUUCCAAUUUCUGGGCCACCGUCGUUCUUCGGCCUUCCGACGAACUCGUCAUCACUCCCCACCCCAAGCAUGAUCUCGUCAAUUUCUCCUCCCUUGAUCACCUGGUGAAUCGGCUGCAGAGUGAAGGUUACUAUGGAGGAGUCAGGUUGCUAAUGGCGAUCUGUAAAGUUUUCUACAAUUACUGCAGGGAGCAUAAGAUCUCCCUUCAUCAGCGCAAGUUUGCUCUUUCUUAUGACACCAACAUUCCUCGGCAGGCAGGACUAUCUGGAUCAAGUGCUAUAGUAUCUGCAGCACUGAACUGCCUGUUGGACUUCUACAAAGUCAGGGACCAGAUCAAGGUUGAAAUCAGGCCGAAUCUCGUGUUAAGCGCUGAGAAAGAGCUGGGGAUCGUGGCUGGCCUUCAAGAUCGAGUGGCCCAGAUCUAUGGCGGCCUCGUUUACAUGGAAUUUUCACAGGAGCACAUGGAUAAGUUGGGACAUGGGAUCUAUACACCCAUGGAUAUUAACCUCCUCCCACCUCUUCACCUUGUAUAUGCCGAGAACCCGAGUGAUUCUGGGAAGGUGCAUAGCACGGUUAAGCAAAGGUGGCUUGAUGGAGACAAGUUCAUAAUAACAACAAUGGCCGAAGUUGCAGAUCUUGCAUUACAUGGAAAAACUGCUAUCCUGGAGAAGAACUACUCGAAACUUGCAGAGCUCAUGAAUCGUAACUUCGAUCUUCGAAGGAGCAUGUUUGGCGAUGAUGUGAUUGGUGCUUUAAACAUAAAAAUGGUGGAAGCAGCACGGAAGGUGGGAGCCGCUUCCAAAUUUACAGGCAGCGGAGGUGCUGUGAUUGUGUUUUGCCCAAACGGCCAAUCACAGGUUAAGCUCCUGGAGGAAGAAUGUCGAAAAGCUGGAUUCAUUGUUGAGCCUGUGAAAAUUGCUCAGUCCAAUCUUUCACGAGGGUGAUCUCAAGAUUGCUUGCUGAAUUAGCAGAAAUUUCAGAGCAGCAGCUAAAAGAAGCUUUGUAGUUAGUUCUCUCUGGAUAUGAUAAUUCAUCUGUUUGUUCCAAAUUAUAGCUUUAUCAUUCGAGAUUAAGUAGAACAGUUGUUGCUGUGGAUGCACACAUGAUAUGCAAUUGAAACCCCACUAGCACCAAAAUUCUUUUGUCAAGACAUUAAGAAAGAAGAGAGCCUCCUUUUUCUGCCAAUUGCCUCAUUGUAAAGCAGACUACUUCUUUUAUAAAUAAAGCACACUCUACUUUAGAUCCACAUAUUCUGCGGAAAUAAAAGUUACACUUUGAU